CCUGGUUCAGGUCCAGCUCGGAGCUCCUCAUCUCCUCCUGCUAUCGGAUUAUUCUCACACCGUCUAACGGAAAUGAAGAAGUUUUUCGAUGACAUUAAAAAUGACAUUAAGUUUAAAUCUGCGGGACCUGGGAAGAAACUAACAGCGGACACCAGCAGUAAGCCCGGGGGGGUGCAGAGCAGCUCCAGCACCAAGAGUCAUCGUAAUGUUCCCAGUGAGGGCUCCCAGAGGGCCGGGGCUGCAGCUCUGGCCCGGAUCGAGCAGCACCAGAAGCCCAAGGUCCACACGUCUCAGGACGCCAUCAGGAACCAGGUGAGAAGAGAACUGGCAGCAGCUGCUCUGGUUGAUAAAGAAAAGGCAGAUACAGCAGAGGAAUGUAAAGUUCCAGUGAGAGAUCCAGCCUGUCUCUCAGUGUCAGGUGUGUAUUUCACCUGUCCACUAACUGGAGCCACUCUGACUAAGAGUGAGAGGGAAGUUCACAUUAAAGAGGCCAUUUUAAUGCGGUUUGAGGAAGACGCCGUCGAGGCGUCUGUGAUGAUGGUUCACACGUUUAACAAGGACAAAGAGAAAGUGAAGGCUGCUGUCGACAUCAUCAGCAAGUAUAUUGAAAAUAUAUGUAAGAAUCCCACAGAGGAGAAAUACAGGAAGAUUAAACUGAGCAACAAGGUGUACCAGGAGAAAGUUCGUAGUGUGGAGGGCAGCAGAGAGUUCCUGGAGGCUCUGGGCUUCACCAGCCUGCUGCUGCCGGUGGACGGUCAAGAGGAGGAAGAGGAGUUCCUGGUGUUGCUAGAACACAGUCCAGACUCCCUGGAGCUGAUGAAGGAGAGGAGGGACCGCCUCCUGAGAGGAGAACCGGUCCGAGCUCAGCUGGACCGCCAGCCUCAGGCCUUCAGACCGUCUCCCAACGCUCAGCGCUUCGAGCUGCCGCCAGAGUUCUACAACCUGACGGCAGAGGAGCUCAAGAAGGAGCAACAGCAGAGGAGUGAUUUGGUGGAGAAGAACGCCAUGCUGCGCACCAAAGCCAUGAGGGAGAGAGAGGAGCAGAGGGAGAGAAGGAAAUACAACUACACUCUGCUGAGAAUCAGACUGCCUGAUGGAAGCCUGCUACAAGGGACCUUCUAUGCGUGGGACCGGCUGCCCGUUCUGUUUGCGUUUGUCCGGGAGUCGUUGGUGGACGGCUGGCAGCCCUUCGAGCUCAUCGCUCCUGGAAGUCAGAAACUACAAGAGGCUGAUGAAGUCGCCCUCGCAGAGUGUAACUUGGUCCCUGCUGCUCUGCUCACAUUCGCCUGGGAUGCAGCCGUGCAGGCAGAUAUUGCAGCUGCAGGAGGAAAAAGCCCGGCCCUCCUCAAACCAGAGCUGCUGGAAACCAUUCAGACUCUGAGCUGAGCAGAAGCUGAACCUGAACUCUCCAUGCUACCUUCACACCUCUGGCACUACUGGGGUGGACGCGCCCCCUUUAAAUACAAUUAAAAGACUAGCGAUACGUUUAUUUUUACAAAUCCUAACUAAAGUCAGUAGCAGUGAUUAGUGACGGGGGGCAGCUUCACCCUAAAGCGCUUGUUUUGCUCCAUGUGGGGAUAAAGUCUCAGCAGCACAUUGUACUGGAGGAAGUGAUACAUACUGAGUAGUAAAGAGACUGAGCCAGCAGUCCUCUGUGCUCUAACUAACUAUCUACCAGUCAGGUUACUUUAUGUGGAAUGUUGAGACCUUGUUGUAACUGUGUCAGCACUUGUUUGAAGUAAACAGUCCAUCUUGCUUACACAACAGUCAGAUUAACAGUCAGGCGCGGCUUUACAGUCAUGUCGAGGAAUACGGGCUGAAAUAUGUGCUACCAGAAACUGAAUUUGAAUAAUUUAU